AUGAUACUCAUAGUAGCAAUCCCUAGCUACUACCUCACCUCCUCCUACGCCUUCACGCCCUCCCCAAAAACCCACCCCACAACAAGCACCCGCUACAUCGCCCUCGGCCCCACCGCGUCCUCCUCCCUCGCAACGCGCAACCACAAAAUCGCAAAAGACGUGUUAACCUGGGGCUGGCUCGUCUACUCCGCUGACACAUCGCUCCCCGGAAACGCAGCCUGGUUCGCGAAAUAUCAGGCCGCGGCAAAGGAUAAGGGCUGGGAGGAGGAUCUUUGGCGGAUCUGGCAGAGCGAGCAUGGUGUUAGGAUUUUAGCUAGGGAGAAGGUGAGGAGGAAGGGGGAGCGUGGGGUGAGGGGAAUGGUAGAGAGGGUGGCAGGGUGGGUUAGAAGGGAGAUUGAUUGGAGGGGAGUAAGGGAGGGGGUGUUGAGGGAGUGGGAGGAGCAGAGGAGGGUGGCGAGAGGGAAGGGGGAUGAGAAAGAGGGAGAAGUGGAAAGGCAAGUGAAGAAGAGUGAGUCGAUUAUUUCGCUAAAGGGGUCUUUUAUGCAGAGGAUUGAGGGGUUGACGGGGACUAAGGAGAUGGAGGAAGGGUGGGAGAGUGAUAUAUUACCAACGGUGUUGCUGAUGGAUUCGGUAUUGGAGGAUGGUAACCCGUUUUUCCUGGCAAAUUAG